AUGGAUAAUACUACGACAGUUAAGAACCCAGAACGCGAAGAACUAAUCCGACUCAAAAGACUCAUCCGCAGUUCGAGUGUGGCACCCCACGAUGAAGUUCACCAAUUCUACGGCCACCGCGUUCUUAAGCACGAUACCGCCAGUGGCGACCAUCUCGCAAUCAAGUUUGAGGAGCUUCUAAGCCCUGCAGGAGAUAAUGAUGGCCUCCAGACAGAGGCCGACAUGAUGCACUACGCCGCCACUCACGGUGUGCUUGCACCGAAAGUGCGCGCCGUCUACAACAUACAUACAACAUCGUCCACCAGGCCUGCUGCGAGCGCAAUGGUCAGCGAAAGGCUGCCGGGGCAACGCCUAUCAGAGGUGUGGGCCGAGCUCAGUGGCGAGGAGAGAAAGAGCAUCAUAGCGCAGCUCCGCGAGCAGAUCAGCAACAUGCGCUCGUGCACACAGUCUUACAUCGGGCGGCUGAACAACAGAUCCACGUGUAACGUCUACGAGCCUGUAUCGAUCGUUGGAGAAGUCUGUGGGCCUUUCAUAGACGAGGAACACUUUGACAGGUGGUGUCUGGACCGUGUGCCAGAUGGCGUAUUUGGACUCACCAAAAGAAAAUGGGCCCGCUGGCUUGAGAAAGACCGGCAGCGGCCUCACCGAAAACUCGUGCUCACUCAUGGAGACCUGUCGCCCAGAAACAUCAUCGUGGAUGGCGGUGUCGUCACGGGCAUAGUUGACUGGGAGAGGAGCGGCUUUUGGCCUGAGUAUGCCGAGUACGCCUUUGCCAUGGAACUCUUUCCAAAGGUGCACAGAAGCCAGGAAGAGUGUGGCAAAGUGAGGAGGCUCGAGGAUAUACCCAAGGGAGACAGCUACCAGAACCUCGAGGCUCUCUUCUUGGGGGCUCUCAGCGCUGCCCUGCCCGUUGACGGCAAUAAGUCGGGUCGAGGUAUCGCGCCAUUCAAAGACGCCCUUCCUAUGCCGCGUCUGAUAAAGUGGUUUCCGGCUGUCCUCUUCGCCCCACAUAGUUUCAUAGAACUCUUUCACCCCCGUCAAACCCCUCGAUGUUUCCUUCUUUAG